GCCCCUCGAACCCCGCCCCCGCCACGCGCCACGCCCCUCGCCUCCAAGCUGGGACGACUCUGAGAGCAAAGAAGCGGCCGUCCCUCGCAAGCCGUAGCGGUAACACGUGGACGAGUGUGGAGGGUUUAUUGUUAAUUCUGCCGCUACGAGCCCAGCAUAGAACCGGAGAAAGAGGCCCGUGACGCGCGGCCAAACACGAGUCGUAGCCCAGCACGAGCCCGCGGUAAUGCGCCACCAGCACCAGCGCAACUUGUGUCGGAGCGUAGUCCGUAUAGCUCCUGGGCGUUUGUCCAGCGUGGCCAUUGCCUAGUCCAGAGCACUGGGAGCCAACAACCAGCAAGCUCGACUUGGGCAGCGGUCGCUGGAUGCAGACUGAACACCAGAACCAGCUCGGGACCUGCCGAGCUCAACGCAGCCACCAUCCAAACCAAGCCCCAGCGCACAGCACGCUCGGGAGCAAUCAUCAUCAGCAUCACCAACUCAACACCAGCCCAUCCCAUCACAAGCCUGGCAUUAUCCAGACCGCUGCAGCAGCCCAUUUCGGCUCACUCAGGAUCAAGCAGAACACAGGCCCAAGUACCAGGUCAGACCACACGAACCCAAGCAGCAGCAACAACAACAGCAGCAGCAGCACAACCCGGGGCUGCUCCCAAGCCAAGGCGAGAAUCUCAAGCGCUCGGACCAGAACGCGGCACUCUGCAACACGGGGGCAGGCCAGUUGAGGCUCAACAACAACAUCAGCAGCACCCUCCACCCCACUCCCCACCACCACCACCAACCACCAAAUCUGGUGGCCGCUUAAAGGGUUGAGGAGCGAAGAACCCAUAGAGAGAAGGCCAUUCGCUGUCACCAUGCUGGCCCGCGCGGUGCACUUCGUGGCCGUACUGAGCGCCCUGCAGGUGGUGCGCACCGUCUGCAACGCCCCGCUCCGGGCGCCGGGGCCCGCGGACGCCGGCGGCGGCUUCUCGGUGAGGGCCCUGGGGCAGCCACCCGAGCCGUGCGUGCGUCGCGCGGCGCCCGGUGACCUCGUGCGCUUUCACUGCAACGGCAGCCUGGCGGACGGGACCACGAUCGAUUCCAGCUCUAAGGGCCCUUGGCCGGAGACGGUGGCGCUGGGUGCUGGAGAACUGCCUGCCUGGCUGGAGCAGGCACUGCUGGGAAUGUGCGUCUCUGAGCGCCGCCUCGCAGUGCUUCCCCCAGACCUCGUGCAAGCAGCGCCAGCAUUCAAGGACGUGGCUCCCCUGGGCUCGACACUGCACCUGGAGCUGCUCCUGCUGGACGUGUGGAGCCUGUCUGACGAGGUGCAGGUGCGCACAGUGCGCCGAGGACCUGGCAACUGCAGCCGCACGGUGGAGAUGUCCGACUACGUGCGCUACCACUACAACUGCACGCUGCUCGAUGGCACAUUCGUCUCCAGCAGCCGCAGCCUCAAUGGAACUUACAACACGUACGUGGGCAUGGGCUGGCUCAUCCAAGGGAUGGACACUGGCCUCCUCGGAGCUUGUGUUGGGGAGGUGCGAGUGAUCACCAUCCCACCCUCACUUGGCUAUGCCGAAGAGGGCUCCGGUGAUACGGUCCCCUCUAAUGCUACGCUGGUGUUCACGUUGCAUCUCGUGGACCUGCACAACCCCCGCGACUCCGUCACUGUGGACUCCUACCUGGUUCCGGAGCCCUGCAGGCGCCGUGCUGCUAGCGGGGACUUUGUGCGCUAUCACUACAACGGCUCACUGCUCGAUGGCACUAUCUUUGAUAGCACGCAAAUGUGGAACCAUACGUAUGACACGUACCUGGGCAAGGGCUUCAUCAUUGCGGGCAUGGAGGAGGGGCUGAUAGGUACCUGCAUUGGGGAGAGGCGCCUGCUCACCAUCCCACCCCACCUUGGCUACGGGGAGGCUGGCAUUGCGGGUAAGAUUCCAGGCUCGGCCGUGUUGUUGGUGAACGUGCACAUGGUGGACCUGCACAACCCUGCUGACAGUGUCGAUGUGGAGACCUACUCCAGCCCGCACGAGUGUGCGCACCGCGUACAGCUCGGGGAUCUUAUCAGCAUGCACUACAACACCACCCUCCUGGAUGGCACGCCGCUCUACUCCAGCCGAAAGACCGGCUGGACGUACGAGGCCAAGAUGGGCAGUGGGCAGCUCAUCCCAGGGCUGGAGGUGGGAUUGAAGGGGAUGUGCGUGAGCGAAAAGCGCUUCCUGACCAUCCCCCCGCAUCUGGCGUUCGGCGAGAAAGGCAUUGAGGGCGAGGUGCCGGGUAGCGCAGUGCUGCUCUUCGACAUUGAGCUCCUGCGGGCGGAGGAGGGCUUCCCAGACGGGUAUAUGUUCGUGUGGAAGGAGCGCGCGCCGCCGCUGCUCUUCCAGCAGUUCGAUGCCGACCAGGAUGGCCUCAUUGCACUUCAGGAGUUCUCGACCUUCAUCAAAAGCCAGGUGGCAACGGGAGUCGGUCGUCUGGCUCCAGGCCAGGAGGCCGAGACCCUCAUCUCCGAAAUGUUCAAGAACCAGGACCGCGACGGUGAUGGCUUCAUCAGCCCCACGGAGCUCAAGCUGAAGCGGGACGAGGAGCUGGCACACGACGAGCUGUGAGCUGCCCCCUGCAUCCUCUGCGAAGUGGCAAUCCAGGCGCCCCAACCCCCAUCUAAGCCUCCGUCCCCUUACAACCUUGCCUCUGCGGGCUCUGAGACUGUUCAUGGUUAUGUGCGCUGAUUUGCGCAGGGUCCCAUACUCGUGUGCGUGUGUUAUGGGGAGCAGUGGCACAAUGGUUUGGCAUUGUGCUACAAACCCAGCAAUUUUUUGAUUCCUCACCAUACACAUCAGUAGCAACUGGGGUAUGAGCUUGUCCUAUACCUUCCCAAGGUUGACUCAGCCUUACAGCAAUACCUGGUGUGGUGUGUGAACAUCAUUGCUUGGAAGACAAAACCAUCCGUUUGUGGUGCUGGCUCCAAUCACUCUCUCGUGUGCCAUGCCAACCUUAGUCGGUGCUCACAGCAUUGGUAUAUGCAAGUAAAACGUGAGAUGGAAAUGUGGGAAAUAACACAGGUUUUGACAGCUAAUGACUCGAUUGAUUUUUGGGUUGGACCAUGUAAAGAUCUGGCAAAUGAGGUUCAUCAUUGUUUUCCUGUUUGGCAUUUCAUGAAAAGGCAUAUUUCAUUGUUUUAUAGAAAUAUUUUUUAUUAUAAAUGAGAAUGCGUAAUGUUGUUUUCUGAACUUGGGUAUUCCAUGUGAGCACUUUGAUUUAUGAACAAGUUUGAAAAUGGUAACAUUUCAGAAUUCUUGAAGAUUAAAAAUAUCAAUGUUCCAAGGAUGUUACAUGCAUCAUGGGUAAAUAUGAAUCUGCACUAGAGCUGGAAAAAUUAUUCAAUCAAGUCAAUGAAUCUACUAAAAAUUGUAAUGGGCUAUUUUUUGUUGCUAAUUACAUGGGCCCCUUUAAGUGGCAGCCAGCCCCACAUGUUGCCUUCUAAAGGCAGGAAACCCCCUGCAAGCCACGCCCAGCAUGACACAGCUGAUGAUACCAAGCAACACGUGGGAACAGGUGAGGCUUUGUUUCAACUAUUUUCAUGUUAUUUGAUUCGUUGAGUAAUCAAACUGUUAAUUAAUUGCGUAAAUAAUUGGAUAGCCCAGGUCUGAACUGCAACAUAGACCUUAAAGGAAUGUUUUGAAGGAAUGUGUAGGUGAGCUCUUAGAGUUUAUAUUCUUGCAAUGCAGUUCACCAAAGCCAUAAUUUGCUAUUUUACAAUGUUGUGUUAUGAUAUCAACCAAGCGUAUUUUUUUUCUUUUUAACUGUGCAGUCUUUUAAACAAAUAUUUACAGGUGCUAUUUUUUGUAAUUGUGGUUCUUCAAGCAAUGUUCAUUGCUUCAAACCACUUAUGUAUUUGGGUACAGCUGAUUUAAUUAGACCGAUAUCAUUGUGGUCAAUGCUGUUCCAUGGCACAACCUCGUUAUUGAUUCCAGAUGCCUUAACUGUUUUCAGUUUCAUUUAUUUGGAAUAACCCUGUGAGCCAUUCGGCUCUUGAUUCGGGUGCAACCGCAACAAACAAUAAAAUUACAAGAUACAUUUAUAAUUUACUGUACACAAAUUGAGACAUCCCCUACAAAAACAAUACAAUCGUCCAGAAAAAGCACCAUUUGUUUAUGCUGCGUACUAAACUGUGCAAAAAAAAUCCCAUUUUGAUGUUAGAUCAUAAUAACAAUCAUAAAUACAAUUUAGAUUAAAAUGUUAAGUCUAACUAUACUACAUAAAAAAAUCGGGCUGAACUAAACCUUUCUAUAAAUGACUAAAAUAAUGCUAUCAAAACAAUGUAACAGUGAUCAUAAGAAAUGUGAUUGAAAGUUAACAAUCGCGACAUACAUAACAUACAUUACUAAACCAAGCAUCCCUCGCUAGCUGCAUGAGUCAAUCGAUAAUAGCAGGAGUAACAAUAGUAGUAGCAGCACACUAAUCAAAAUACAUAAUUUCUCGCAUUUGGCAUCCACCUUGCGAUUGUGAGUCGAGCGGCUUCACCGCAGCACCACUGAAUAAAAGUGGCUUUGCUGCACGUCGUCAACCAUGCAAUCGCAAUAACUGCCAUCCAGUCAUUGAAGCUAAUUUGGAGGAGCCACUUUGGUAAUAUAAAUAUGUAAUCCAUAUUGCUUUUGGGCAGGCUUUUACGAUUAUACAUUUCAAUUUGUGCCAAAACCGGGUUGGUGUUGCGAUGGUAAGUGUACACUUUACAACCGAGUUCAAAUCUCGGAUGGGGUUCGACUCAAAAUACUUGUUCCUGUGGGGUUUAUAAAAUGAGUACGAUUUUGUAGACAGUCGACAGGUGCCGCCCUGUGGAAAGAAUGAAGAUGAGCACGAACCACACUGCUUAUCAAGGAAACACUGGUUUUGAGAUAAAUACAUGAUCUGUAGUCUGUUCUCCUAUAACACGGUAGCUGCGUUCCUGAAGAAUACCUCGUUAUGGAAAAAAAUCACGUUAUAAUAAAUAGGGUAAAGCACAGCCCAUGAUAAUGCGUGAGAUGCAUAUGCAGGCUGAACAAAGACUGAGGUGCCUGGGUAGCAUCGCGAAGCAGCCAUCAGCGUCCCGCCUUGCGUGAUGGUCCACCAAGGCAAGCUGUACAACUGCGCAUUCCUACUUGCGCGACAUAGCUCUGUUCACUCAAUCGCGUUAUAUCCAAUUUGCAUCCGUUUUAUAAAGUGUUCCUGAAAUUCAUAGUUAUAUACAGUUUUCGUUAUGAAAACACGUGUUACAGGAAAACAGACUUGUAUUGUGACAUUUUUGUUAGUUCUAAUGGAUUGUGUGUAGGAUCCGUAUUACAUCUACAGCAGGCACAAUUACACAUUUUAAAUUAAAAUUGAAUUAGAUGACGUGGCAUAGAUGAAUUACCCUGGCAUUUCUUGUUUAUGUCUGUGCACAUUUUUGGUCAAAGCACCAAAUACCAAAGAAAUGUCUGCUACCAGUCUCACUUGCACACAGGCCCUUGAGAAGGUUAAUGUAACAUUGUAAUGCCAUUUUUUUACCCUGUCAAGCCUCAGUAUUAUUUAAGAGGGUCCUGCUUAAAAUGUUUGGUCAAUUGAGUAAUUUUUACCUUCGAUCGUUCUUUCUGGUUGCAUGGGUAACCUGUCAGAACCAGAAUCUGUAUUUAGACUGUCAGAAUCCAAUGAGCUGUGAAGCUUUUUCACAGAUGUCCAGUAGAAGUGGGUCGGCAAGUUACUUUUGACGUUCAGCCGACUGCAGACUCCCACAUUGCCUUGCAAGUGGGUAUGUCUCAAUCCUAUGACUUUUGUGAUCCAGGUGUGCACAACCAUAUGUAAGCAUCUGCCUUUUGACUGGCAGAUAGGAUGCUCCAGAGUAAACAACCAUAUUUAUGUUUGUGUUGUGAUAAUAAAAUGCAUGUCACUUGCUAUUGUCAGACAUGCAAGCACAGUGUUUGCUUUCGUAGAUUUAUUUACUUUUUUUAUGUUUUUACGCUCGGCACAUUGUGUUGCUUAUGUUGAACCAAUGUAUUGUAAUAUACAUUUUGAAAAAUCUUUACAACUUGUAUUUAAACAUCAAAGACACUAACUGCAUCAAAUGUAAACUUUCAAGGUUUUGUUGCACGAAUUUUUUUUAAAGGAAGAUAUUAAAAGCUGAGUUUUUUAAAGCAUUUUAAAAUUA